AUGUCUGUCGGUGUUCCGCAACUUCUUCCGUUGGAAUUGGUGGAUAAAUGCAUCGGUUCACGUAUACACAUUAUCAUGAAAAACGACAAGGAAAUGGUUGGAACUCUUCUUGGUUUCGAUGGCUACGUUAAUAUGGUGCUAACGGAUGUUACCGAAUUCGAAUUCACUCCUCAAGGAAAACGAAUCACCAAGUUAGCCCAUAUUCUUCUCAACGGCAGCAACAUUGCGAUGAUGGUCCCAGGUGGUGAGGGUCCUGAAAUAUGA